GUGACGAGACACCGCGCACCACACCGAGGGAUCGAUUCAAUUAAAAACCACCGCUUGGCUUGGCCUCUAGCGCCGGCGGGUACGAACGCCUGUACUUGCACCGGCCCGCGACGUCGUGGUGCGAGAAGCCAGGGGAGCGAGGCGCGGCGCGGCGGGCGGAGACGGCGGCGGGCGUGUCGUAGGACGGAGGAGCUGAGCUAGCGAGCCGCCGCCGCCAUGCAAGGGGAGGAAAAGAGGGGGAAGGUGAAGAAGGGGUGGCUGGCGGUGCGCGUCGGCGCCGAGGGCGACGAGCGCGGCUUCCAGCGGUUCGUCAUCCCCAUCGCCUACCUCUACCACCCGCUCUUCCGGCGGCUGCUGGAGGCCGCGCGCGACGCCUACGGCUACGACUACUCGGCGGGGCCGCUGCGCCUGCCCUGCUCCGUCGACGAGUUCCUCCGCCUGCGCGCGCUCGUCGAGCGGGAGACGCAGGCGGCGCCGGCCUCCUCCUCCUCCUCCUCCUCGCACCGCGUGCACGCCGGCGGCCACGGGCACUACUCCCUCUCCCCGUGCACCCGCGCCAAGGUCAGCUCCUGAGAUGGUUUGAUCAUCAGGAUCGGAGGGCCUGCCUGCCCAGCUGCCCUGUGCCUAGUCGAGUCGAGCUCGGCUUCCAUUCAUCAUGUCGUGCCCGCGCGGCGCGACAACGAGGAGUCCAUGCCCAUCGAUCGAUCGAGCCCGGAGGUGUAGAGACAGACAGAGGCAGUAGUUGUAGAUUAGCCUGGGGAUGCUUCCUCUGUGAUUUCGAGUGUUGGCUUUUGCCUUCUCUUUUUUGCGUCUCAUUUUGCAGAUGCGCAUGUACUGUAUAAAUAGAUGCAUCGAUGUAUAAUUACUAGUUGAAUUGACACUCUCAUACAGAUACAGCUCUUCACUGCUC